AUGUCUAGAAGAUACGAUUCCAGAACGACUAUCUUCUCCCCAGAAGGACGUCUCUACCAAGUCGAAUAUGCCCUCGAGGCCAUCUCCCACGCUGGUACCGCACUGGGCAUAUUAGCAAAGGAUGGAAUUGUAUUGGCAGCAGAGAGAAAGGUCACCAGCAAGCUCCUGGAGCAGGAUACAUCCGCAGAGAAGCUGUACAUCUUGAACGACAACAUGAUCUGCGCAGUAGCAGGAAUGACCGCAGACGCCAAUAUCCUCAUCAACUACGCCCGCCAAGCCGCCCAACGCUACCUCCUCACCUACAACGAAGAUAUCCCCUGCGAGCAGCUCGUCCGUAGAUUAUGCGAUCUCAAGCAAGGUUACACGCAGCACGGUGGUCUACGCCCCUUUGGUGUAUCGUUCAUUUACGCCGGCUACGAUCCCCAGAGACAAUUCCAACUCUACCAGAGCAAUCCUAGCGGCAACUAUGGUGGAUGGAAGGCGACAAGUGUUGGUGCAAACAAUGCCAGUGCGCAAAGUCUGUUGAAGCAGGAUUAUAAGGAAGAUUGCGAUUUGAAGGAGGCGUGUGGUAUGGCUGUCAAGGUUUUGAGCAAGACGAUGGAUUCUACAAAGUUGAGCAGUGAGAAGAUUGAGUUUGCUACAGUAGGAAAGACGAAGGAUGGAAAGAUUUACCAUCACUUGUGGAGCGCGGAGGAAAUCAAUGCGUUAUUGAAGGAGCAUGACCUGGCUAAAGAUGAGACGGGACCGGAUGGAGAUCGCAUAAUCAGCUAG